AGUCUGGCGAGGCGAAGCAUGAGGAUGAUGCUGUUCUUACAGAGUUCCUUGGGUCUCUGAUGGAUUACACUCCUACUAUUCCUGAUGAUCUAGUGGAGCACUACUUGGCUAAGAGUGGGUUUCAGUGCCCUGAUGUAAGAUUGUAGGUACUUCCUUCCAGUUUCAUGUGGUACUUAAGAGCAGACGGUGUUGGGUUUUAGAAUGGUUUACAAGCAGUUUAAUCAGAUGUUCUAGAAUAAGGCUAGUUGCUGUGGCUACACAAAAGUUUGUUGCAGAUGUUGCCAGCGAUGCUCUUCAGCACUGCAAGGCUAGACCAGCUCCAGUUGUUAAAGACAAAAAACAGCAAAAGGAUAAACGUUUAAUAUUGACAAUGGAAGACCUUUCAAAAGCCCUGCGUGAGUAUGGAGUGAACGUGAAGCAUCCAGAAUAUUUUGCUGAUAGCCCUUGAACCGGAAUUGAUCUAGAAACCAACCGCAAGCCUUGACCAUAUUUGCCUAGUAAGGAUGAUCGUGUGUGAGAGAUCCCUGGUUUUAUGUUAGUGUUUCAGUGAAAUAAAACUCUCUCUCUUCCUAGUUACAUGUAUAUUCUUUUUGUUAUUUGUUUCUUGACUCGUGUCUCUCUUGAUAAUAAUAUUUCUGAGUUCUUGGUAUUCUAAUACGCUUAUGUAACAGUCCCUUUGGAUGAUCCCUCCUUGUAACCACUCUCUUCAUAGUCAAAUGUGCUUGGAAAUCUCAAUAGAUAACUUUGGAAUUAUCACCAAAAGAUCUCUCUGUUUUAUUGGUGAACCAAAUUUUACUCGACUCCCUUUUUUUUUUUAACUUUGCAACAGAAAACAACAAAGUUCUAUUGCUUUUUGCUUUUUACUAUUCAUUCACGUUGCCUCGAUAUCCAUUAAUGAAGACAAGAAAGUCUGAAACACUAACCUUUUCUAUAAAGCACAACUUUUCUUUUUCUUUUACUUCCCAGGAAAAAGUUUCAAAUAAUUCUCUCCAGUUUUUGUUUCUCUUUGAAUUGUUUGAGAUGGUGAAUCCACCACUUCAGUCUCCGACCAAUCCACAUUUCUUCCAGCCACUUCUUCCUGGUUUCCACUCUCACCUCACAAUACCUGUGGUCUUCUUCUCAAAGCACAUACAUGGAAAAACCAAGAAGAAAACAGUGAAACUAAGAUCAGACGCUUCAGACAAAACUUGGGAAGUGAAAAUAGAUGGCAGGAGACUCACCCGAGGGUGGAAAGACUUCACCACAGCACAUGACCUUAGAAUCGGAGACAUUAUUAUUUUCAAACACGAAGGAGAUAUGGUGUUCAAUGUCACUCCUUUUGGUCCUAGCUGUUGCGAGAUUCAGUAUACACAAUCUCACAUCAUCAAGGAAGAAGCUGACACUGAUGAUGAUGACGACGAAGAUGACAAUGAGCGUCGGUACAAGAUUAGAAAUGGUCUAAAACCCAAAACAGAGCCAAUGUCUUCGUUCUCAUUCCACCACUGUUUUGUAUCAGAAGUCACUACUUCCAAUCUAAAACUAGACACACUUUAUCUUCCUGUGGGAGCUACGAGUUCAAAUGCUUUGAACAAACGAUGCCACGAGAUGAUACUAGUGAACAAAGAGGGAAACUCAUGGACUGCGAGUUUGAAAUUUAGAGAGUCAGGCGGAAUGUAUUACAUCAGAAGAGGCUGGAGAAGAUUCUGUCUUGAUAACAGACGAAAAGUAGGAGACUUAUUUGUGUUCAAUCUGGUCGGAGAUGGAAAAACUACUCCAAUGAUGUGUGUUUGUCCUGAAGAAGAGUGUUCUGAACUAAUGAGCAAACACUUGAGCAGAGGGAGACGGAGUAGAAAGACAAAGAAGCGUUCUAAAUGGGUAGCUUCAUCAUCUUCAAGGCGAAACCGAUUCCUCACUAUCACUCUCACACGUUACAACUUCAUUAGCUCCAAACUUAUUCUUCCUAUAGCUUUCACGAAUACUAAUGGGCUUAGCAAUUACAAAGAGAUAAUCUUGAUGGACAAGCAUGGUGUGAAGCGGUUAACGAAGCUGGUGCAAGACGGACCACACAAUAAUAGAAAAGGAUUGGGGAAAGGAUGGAAAUUUUUCUGUGAAGCUAAUGAUGUAUUCAAGAUUGGUGAGUCUUUUGUGUUGGAGUUGGUGUGGGAAGACACGGUUCCUGUUCUCAAGUUUUGUUCCAAGGUCAAAGUCGAAACAGUUAAUGUCUGAAGAACAUAAGAGUAUUUUUAAUUUAGUGUCUCUUAAGUUUCAUUAGACUCUGAUUAAGAGUUUGUUUGACUCUCUAGUUUUCAAUCAAUGUUUAGAGUGUUACAUCGUAACUUGUUAUGCCUCGAGGUUCGAGACAAAAGUCUUUGAAAAAUAU